AUGAACAGUGUCUUUCAAAUACACAGAAGAAAGAGAGAGAAGAGAGAGAGAGAGAAAGAGAGAAAGAGAGAAAAAGAGAAAGAAAAACAGAAAGAAAGAGAGAGAGAGAGAAAGAGAGAGAGAGAGCUAGAGAAUGUAAAAAAGGAGGCGAAAAUAGAAAGACAAAAACGUCUUUUCAGAGAUAAGAGCCCAAAAUGCAUUGCAAUGCCAAUAUAA